UUCAGCUCACUGUGACCCCUGCAUGGUUAAGCUCUAUACAAUAUGUAUAGUUCGGAGUCAGAUAGAGAGUUCAUUUACACGCUAUUUCAAAACUCACGGGCGCGGAACGUAAGAGAAAACUGGAGAAGCUUUCAUAGGUUGAAACUUAUUGUGCAGCAGCAGCUUACUGUUCAGUUUUCCGUGGAAUAUAUCCUCAUUACCGCUAGUAAUUUUUCAGUAUCCUGAACGAAGCACCUGAACCACGAGAAGAGAAUCAGCCGUGUUACGGACAAGAUACGCGGGCUUUUUGAGGUACUCAGCGAACGGCUUGCUGUCAAAAUACAAUGUUUCUGGCACACGAACUCCGCAGUUUUGCAUAUUCUGCAAGGAAUUGUUCGCGCCCCUGGAAAUGGAAUUCGGCAGAUGAGCAUGCGUCAUGAAGGACAAGCCAUAUAAUCGGACAGCUCUUGAACAGUGGCGUAGAUGUCGCACGUUCCAAAACAAGAUCGUCCAGCAAAGACAAGUGUGGUUCGAGGUUGUUUCCCUCCGCUAAGCGACGGCGAAUUUCGGAGUCAAUCGCUUUAGCAGUGAUUUCGUUGUUCGAAUUGGUAUUCAAAGAAAGUUGAGUGUCUGGAUGCGUGCAUUGCCAGGCGGAGUGAAAAGAAGUUCUAGAUCAUCUCAAGGAGGAUAACGUGAUCUCCUCUUAAGCAAAAAUGUCUUUGUACUGUUCAUGUCUUUCUUUGAGACCAAUGACCUUGUUCACUCGAAUUAUGAAAAAAGAGAGCAAGUGAUAAUUCAGUCGUAAAUUUGAUGGAAUUUUGUCGCAUUAGUUGUACGUGAUACCGGUACCAAUGUGCGGUGAGCUGAGGCAAUCUAAUAUCCGACCAUGGCCUGCGCUUACGAUCCGCGGUCAACUGGUGAUGCGCCUAGCUUUAGCAUCGUCAAUAUCAGCUCGGAGAAGGGACGUGGAAUGGUAGCUGCAAGGUCAUUGAAAGCGGAAGAAACCGUGCUUGUGGAAUCUCCUCUUGUGAGCUCACAAUUCGCCUGGAAUAAAUCCUGCAAUUAUCCCGCAUGUGAUCAUUGCCUGCGGUCACUGGAAACAGUUGCCGAGAAUGUUGCGAGACUUACGAAGACAAAUUCUCACAUCCUUCCUUUUUCUGAGGUGCAAGAUAAGUUUUGUUGCUCCAAAGUGCCUUGUUCAAACUCGUGCGAUGUCCUGUACUGCUCUGAUGCUUGCCGUCAAAUUGCUUGGAACUUGUAUCAUCGUCUUCUAUGUAGAGGAGAUGCAUUCGGAGAUUAUGUGCACCCAAGUGCCCUUCUUUUAGAAGCCUGGAAAUCGAUGCACUACCCUCCGGAAACCACGACAAUCGAAUUGUUGUCUCGUUUGGUUGCUCGUGUAAGAUGUUGUGAAAGCUUGGACAAAGGUCUAGAACCUUUUCAAGCUAUGUGCAGCGAUAUUCGUGGAGAGGCUUCCAAUGAUUUGGCGCUCAAGCUUUUGGGAACUGAGUUCAAAGAUCGUAUCAACGUUUUGUUCUCUUUGUUCUCGCAAGCCUAUGAAGGAGAAGAUUUGAAAGAACAGAUUUUUACGAAAGAAGGAUUUACAUCUUUAUUAGCUUUGAUCGCGAGAAACGGACAAGGUAUCGGAACUAGUCCGUGGGCUGAUUAUGUACGUGAAGUAGAAAAGCUGAAACCACUGGAAGAUCCCUCCAGUCAAGAUUCUAAAAAUCUUGAUCAAAUCAUAGACGCUGUCUACGCCGAUAUGAGUGACAAAACUGGGCUGGAGUUCAUCAACGUGGAAGGAUCCGGUCUCUACGAAAUUCACAGCCGCAUUAAUCAUUCGUGCGAGCCAAAUGCAGAAGUCAGAUUUCAGCUGGGUUGUCAUACGCUCACCGUUGUGACCCUCUCUGAUAUACGACAAGGAGAUGAAAUAUGCAUUUCCUAUCUAGACGAAUGUUUGCUUGCACGAAGUCGUCAUUCAAGACAAAAGGUCAUGAAGGAUGACUAUGGUUUUGUAUGUCACUGUUCAAGAUGCAUAAGAGAGAAAGACGAUCCUGAUGUGACCAGUGAGGAUGAGGACGAGGACGAAAUGGACACUGAAUAAAGCUUUUCUCUUCCGGGAAAUCGUGUUCAUGGAUGUCCGUGUGUCCCUUUUUUAAUUUACUUCUUUCGGCGGUUUUUUUUCCAGAGGAAAUUAUUCUCGCGUUGUU